GUCGCCUCUAGUCUUCGCAGACAGGCAGCCAUGGACAUAACCGACGAAAUCAGGGUGAACUGCAGCACCGCUGAGCGUUCAAACUGUCGGACGUCAAUUUCUGACGCUAACGUUGACGUUGACGUGCAUCUCCUGCCCUGCUGCAUUGAGCAUAACGGGCCUGCUGCCGUAUCGCGUUUUUUCCGUCCGUUGGAGGCCAAAGAUGUUACAAUGGCGGAUGGUACUGUACCGCUGGAAGCUGCUUUCCGAGGCAGAAGGCUUCUGGGAAGGCGCUUACCCCUUCCCGAAGGCUACACAGGUGAAGGGUACUUCAAUGAAGUGUUGUUAGCCAUGAUGGUACUUCAAUGAAGUGUUGUUAGCCAUGAUGGUACUUCAAUGAAGUGUUGUUAGCCAUGAUGGUACUUCAAUGAAGUGUUGUUAGCCAUGAUGGUACUUCAAUGAAGUGUUGUUAGCCAUGAUGGUACUUCAAUGAAGUGUUGUUAGCCAUGAUGGUACUUCAAUGAAGUGUUGUUAGCCAUGAUGGUACUUCAAUGAAGUGUUGUUAGCCAUGAUGGCCUCAUACUAGAGAAAAUGGACGCAGCAGCAGCAGCAGCAGGUGUGGAACCCCCGUGCAAGCGGCAGGCGACCGAUGCCGCGAGGACAAGAGAGGAGACGGAUGGGACCAGCGGCGCUGCAGCCAGAGAUGGGGAGGGACGGGAGGGGUUAGACGAAGCAGAGGCAGCAGCAGAGGCAGGGGAGGUUUGUUUCCCGCAUGCGGCGCAGUGGCAGGCCGUGGGGCGGUUCUCGUCGUUCGCCUACUGGAACCACGAUGGAGUUCCCAAGGCUGGGGAUGGGCCCGCCAGAGCCUGUGAUUGGCUGAGGAUCGCCAAGGAGCUGCAUGCACCAAUAAGCAUUGAGGACGUGGAGGCGCAACUGGCCAAGUGACACCUGUCCAAGUGACACCAGUCCGAGUGCUACCUGUCCAAGUGACACCUGUCCGCCAAGUGACAGCUGUUCUGUCCAAGUGAUACCUGUCCAAAUGACACCUGGCAGCUAUGUCCACACAUCUAUUUCCAGUUGGGGGUGGUGUGUGCAAAGAUGCAGGUGGCAAGAGCACGAAGAUUCAGGUGGCAAGAGCACGAAGAGCACGUGCCAUGCCAUGGCAUCCCCGCUUGAAACGAAAUUUGCAGGCGCGUGUGAGCAGCAGCCUGACUUGAAUUAUUCCGUCAGAAGACAAGGCAUUGUUUCGUUACUGGGCAGAAGCACAGCAGCAGUGGACCAAAUGAUCUCUUAACGCGAGUAACAUUUAACACCAUGAAAUGCCCAGGGAAAGAAGUGACUUUAGAGUCG